AGGUAAAACCUCGAUAUUUUGUUUUUGCUUGUAUCAUGGUUCGUAAGGAUGCUAGCACAUACACCUCACCAGGUAGAUAUCAGCGACUUAGUCAAGAGGAUGAUGGAUUUGUUGAUGCUCAGUUCAAGAUUGAUAGACUUCAACGCAUCUAUUCAGAAUGAGGUUCCGGUUUUGUUGGGACAUCGACUGUCCUGACUGGCUGCUGGCAGAGAUUGCUACUCUCUCUAAACUGAGUUCCGUCAAGCUGCGUCUCCUGGCCUCUGCUGUAGCUAAGAGUUGCUACGGUGCCUCCCUCACCUACGAUGUAGUCAGUAAACUUGCCAGUGAUGCUAAGUUAGAGGAGAAGGAAGGUGAGGCUGUAGUUGCUGCCAUCCGCUGGAUGCUGGAGAGUGCAGCUGGUGCUGAGGUUGCUACUGCUGUCUUAGACUCUGAGUUACAGCAGUUGGGUCUACCUAAGGAACAUGCAGCAGCCAUCACCAGGGUGUAUACUGACCACCACCACCACCUCCUGCCUCACCUCCAUCAUACAUCACUCACAGUUGGAAGAGAUGUCACAUGGUCGUGCAAAGUUGUGGGCGUGAGUGUGGGCGGGAAGCAGAAGGCAGUUGUAAGUGUAAGUGUGCAGGAUGGUCCAGCCGCUGCAACACCCACCACCCUGGCUCUCACACCUGCCCAGCUACAAGCACUCAUCCAUGAGUUAACAGAAGCACGACAGUUAAUGGAGAGUAUCUGCUAGAAGUAUCAAUUGAAGUUUACAGUGGUACCAGAGACUGGCCUUCCUGACUGUACAAGAUAAUACACUGUAACAUCAUUUAUCACCAAUGAAUAUCUAAAUUGCAAGCCAUUAAAAAUUAGUGAUAUUGAUGUUGACCAUCCUGUAGGUGCAGGUUAAAACCUUCAAAUUGAAAUGUUUUCAAUAUUUAAAGAGUAUCUAUAGGUAUUUUCAAAAAAAAAAAAAUUAAUUUUCCAUAUAGUAUGUGGUUCAGAGUUUACCAUAGUGGUUUACCAUUUUUACUGAAUAUAAGUGUUAAAAUUGGGAUUACUGUUACAGUACAUUAUUCACAUUAAAAGGUAAACUUACUUUGGGUAUAAAUUACCAGUAUUAUUAUUAUUAUAAUCAAAAAGAAGCGCUAAGCCACAAGGACUAUACAGCGCUGCUAAAUUACCAGUAAUGAUUGGAAAUAUAAUAAUAAUCAUAACUAAGAAUCAUAUUUAAAUUAAGUCAGUUCAUUAACAAUGGCAACAGUAGAGUAAAUACAGAUCUAGAAAACGACAAAUUCCUUGAAGAAAGAUCUUGAAGGAUAGAGGAACGUAAGCUGGGUAUGCUUAUAUAUUUACAAAGAACUAGACCCAUAUGGGUUCCUCCUAGUGGCUGUUGUAUUACCCUAGCAGCCCCAGACUCAUUUGUUUCUCACUAAGUAGACAGUAUUACUUUCUAGUUCAAUUUACCAGAAUCAUGGAAAAUCUCUAAAUAAGUGGUAAUCACACAGCACCUGGGGAAUGGAAUAUAAUUUGGUUUGAUUCAAGGGGAGGGCAGCACUGAUUCCUUGGAUUAAAAGCAUUCAGAGCAGCCACCUUUCAGAGAGUUCUCAUUAGCACUAAGGAUUUCAACAAUGACUGCAUUGUUGGCCACAAAACAAUAAUUGUGUUUAGUAAUGAGCUUUUAAAAUUACAGUACGUACAUUAAGUAUAUGUACCUAUAAAAAUCAAGGAAGCGCUAAACCUAGGAUUAUACAGCAUGGAAGAUAUUCAGGCGUAAUUCAGGGAACCGGAGCACAGAUCCAAUUCCCUAGAUCAACAGCCCCUCACCAGCGUCAAGGAACUUUCCUUGAGGGGUUGACCCAUAUUUACAUAGGAGAUGACUGUAGGCACAGUACCGAGUGUUGUAUGACCUCUACAUCGUGAUGAAAAGGCAGGUGUAUCCUCUGGGGUGAUUGUGGCCACUCCAGAUGAUACAAAACAGAGUGGAGAAUGUAUGUUAUUGUUAAUGAUCAGGUGAAGGUAUUAAGUCAUCGAAUUGCCAUGUGAUGUGGCAGCAUGUCAUCAUCGUGGAACAGCAUGUGUGUGCAAGAGUAGUCAAAACGAUAUAUUUGUCGGCUCUAUUCAGUGGUGUUGCAAGUAACAAUUAAGGAUGCUACAAUACAAUGGCACUUAUACCUAUUGGAUUCUUAGUAGAUCAUUUCUGCUUCGCUUGAGUGCAUCAGAUAACCCUCUUCAGAUGUGUAAGACAAGUAUUGCUGGUAUUGGACCUAUACGGAAAAAUUCUUCUCCAUUCUUCCUAUGUAUAUGUUAUUGCGCCCCCUUUUUCCUACCCAGCAUGGUAGUGUAUACCCUUGCUUCACUGUUGGGUGUGUCUUGACAAACUACGGUUUCUUUGUGUUUUUCUAAACAGGUCACCCAACAAAGACACCCUUUAUUUCAAAGUCUAGAGACAACCCUCACUCCUUUCUGCUCCACAACACAAACACCCAAAGAGGUGGAGUCAUAAUUUUUCUUAAGAUCUAUCUCCAGUCCAGAAUUCUGAGGAAUUCCAAUUUAUCACCAUGUGGGUCUACCACUUUUUUUUGCACAGUGUAUAGUAACAAUUAUAGGUAGUAGGCUGGUAGACAGCAACCGUCCAGGGAGGUACUACCGUCCUGCCAAGUGAGUGUAAAACGAAAGCCUGCAAUUGUUUUACAUGAUGGUAGGAUUGCUGGUGUCCUUUUUUCUGUCUCAUAAACAUGCAAGAUUUCAGGUACAUCUUGCUACUUCUACUUACACUUAGGUCACACUACACAUACAUGUACAAGCAUAUAUGUACACACACCCCUCUGGGUUUUCUGCUAUUUUCUUUCUAGUUCUUGUUCUUGUUUGUUUUCUGUUAUCUCCAUGGGAAAGUGGAACAGAAUUCUUCCUCUGUAAGCCAUGUGUGUUGUAAGAGGCGACUAAAAUGCUGGGAGCAAAGGGCUAGUAACCCCUUCUCCUGUAUAAAUUACUAAAUUUAAAAAGAGAAACUUUUGUUUUUCUUUUUGGGCCACCCUGCCUAGGUGGGAUAUGGCUGGUUUGUUGAAAGAAGAAGUAGUAUAGCAACAAUCCAGGAACUAAGCUGCAACAUUCAUGAUGGCUAUUCAAGUUAGAUUCAAUAAGAGAAAUGAUUCAGCAGGUAUAAUAAUACAGUGGUACCUCGGGUUAUGAACUUAAUUCGUUCCAGAAGGCUGUUAAGAUAAGAUAAGAGUGUUCGAGUGCUGAUACUGAAUGAAUUUGUCCCCAUAAGGAAUAAUGUAAAUUAGAUUAAUCUGUUUCAGAUCCCCAAACAUACACUUACAAAAAUACACUUACAGUGGACCCCCGCAUAACGAUCACCUCCUAAUGCGACCAAUUAUGUAAGUGUAUUUAUGUAAGUGUGUUUGUACGUGUAUGUUUGGGGGUCUGAAAUGGACUAAUCUACUUCACAAUAUUCCUUAUGGGAACAAAUUCGGUCAGUACUGGCACCUGAACAUACUUCUGGAGUGAAAAAAUAUCGUUAACCGGGGGUCCACUGUAUGUACAUAAUUAUUCGAGUUGGAAGCUGUUUGUAUGCCGAGGUACCACCAUAAUCUGCAGUAAGUGAAGGAGCACAAUGAUGGGAGGUACCACCAUAAUCUGCAGUAAGUGAAGGAGCACAAUGAUGGGAGGUAACCACCAUAAUCUGCAGUAAGUGAAGGAGCACAAUGAUGGGAGGUACCACCAUAAUCUGCAGUAAGUGAAGGAGCACAAUGAUGG